UAUAAGCCUGGUUCUAGGUGUCCCAGGCACCCUGGAGGCCCAGACCCUCCACAGCUGACCUCUGCACACUCAGCCUGACCACAGCCAGCCCGGCAAUGACAGCGACCUCGCAGGCCCCUGACUAUGGUCCGGAGGAGCCCGCCUCCGAGGUGCCCACGGUGCCCACAGAGCCCUCAGGAGAAGGGGCAGCAUUGAAGGCCUCAGGGCAGGAGCAGCCUCCCGCAGCAACCGCUGAAGCUCCUGCCCCCGCAGCCUCGCAGGCCCCUGACCAUGGUCCAGCGGAGCCAGCCUCAGAGGUGCCCACAGAGCCCACGGUGCCCACGGUGCCCACGGAGCCCUCAGGAGAAGGGGCAGCAUCGGAGACCACGGGGGAGGAGCAGGCUCCCACGGCAACCCCUGAGGCACCUGCCCCUGAAGCCACUACACCUGCACCUCGAAGUGAAGACGUGCCCAGUGUCCCGCUGCAGCUGACCAUCGAGGACGUGAGCGACUGCUCGGUGACCGUGAGCUGGGAGCCUCCGGAGAGGCUGGGGAGUCAGGGCCUCCAGGGCUACCUGCUGGAGCUCCGCAAGGAGGGAGCCUCGGAGUGGGUGCCCGUGAACGCCCGGCCCAUGAUGGUUACCCAGCAGACCGUGCGGAAACUGGCCCCGGGGGACAAGUUCUUCUUGCGCGUGGCUGCUGUGAGCCCUGCGGGAGCCGGCCCCCCCGCGACGCUGGACCAGCCCAUCCACAUCCGGGAGAUUAUCGAGGCACCCAAGAUCCGUGUGCCCCGCCACCUGCGUCAGACCUACAUCCGCCAGGUGGGAGAGAUGGUCAACCUGCAGAUUCCCUUCCAGGGGAAUCCCAAGCCUCAAGUCUCGUGGACCCACAACGGCCAAGCUUUGGACAGCAAGAGAGUGAGCGUGCGCACCGGGGACCAGGACUCCAUCCUCUUCAUCCGCUCGGCCCAGCGCUCAGACUCAGGCUGCUAUGAGCUCACUGUGCGGCUGGAGACCCUGGAGGCCCGGGCAGCCAUCAACAUCCUGGUCAUUGAGAAGCCCAACCCGCCCAGCAGCAUCCGGCUAGUGGACGUCUGGGGCUGCAAUGUGGCCCUCGAGUGGACGCCGCCCCAGGACACCGGCAACACUGAGCUUCUGGGCUACACGGUGCAGAAGGCUGACAAGAAGACAGAGCAAUGGUUCACCGUGCUGGAGCGCUACCAUCCGACCACCUGCACUAUCUCCGACCUCAUCGUGGGCAACUCGUACUCCUUCCGGGUCUUUUCGGAAAACCUAUGUGGACUCAGUGACUCGCCCGCCAUCACCAAGGAGCUGGCCCACAUCCGGAAGAUAGAUAUUGUUGCCAAACUUAAAGGGUUUGUUGAGAGAGACUUCUCAGAAGCCCCUUCCUUCACCCAGCCCCUGGCUGACCACACCACCACCUCCGGCUACAGCACCCAGCUCUCCUGCAGCGUGCGAGCGUCACCCAAGCCCAAGAUCAUCUGGAUGAAGAACAACAUGAACAUCCAGGGGGACCCCAAAUACCGCACCUUCUCUGAGCAAGGCGUCUACACCCUGGAGAUCCGGAAACCCAGCCCCUUUGAUUCCGGGGUCUACACCUGCAAGGCCGUCAACAUGCUGGGGGAGGCGUCUGUGGACUGCCGGCUGGAGGUCAAAGCCUUAGCCACACACUGAGGAGCACGGAGGAGGCUGUGAUGGAGACACAGGUGCUGUGGGCCUGAGGGGUCAGGGCCGCCAGGCCCAUAUCCGGCGCCAUGAGUCUCCAGACCCCUCUCUGUUGUGAUGACGGAUGGACAGCUCUGCUCCCUGGCACCAGCCUCACCUCCCUCCACCCAAGGCUGCAGCCCAGUGCCCAGGAGUGGGCCUGGCAGCCCCCGGGACAGGCUUACUGGGCACAAGGGCCCUGGACUGUGCCAAGAUUGCUGUGCCCUGCAAAGAGCUGCAUGCUGGGCAAGAAACAGUCCAAUAAAGGUGCAUGUGUACCCUC